AAAAUGGAAAAUCCCCAAAUUGUAAGAUCUUAUUUAUAUUUUAUAUUUUAGUUGGCUUUCAGUUGUUCAAAGUGUAAUUGUGGUAGGGAUCUCCUGCAAGAUCCAAGUUUUUAGCCGUGAACCUCUAAGGUAACAUAUAUCCCCCAGCAUUUACAUCAAAAUUCCAAUAAACAUUAAACACGAAAAAAGAAAAAAAAAAAAAAAAAAAAAAAAAAAACCAAUCGAGGUUGGCAAAAAUUGACCCCCAUCAACUUUGUAUCAUUUCUCACCAACAUCUUAUGCUUAAGAGUCGUGUAAUAUCUCUAUAUAGGACGAUCGGCAUUUGCGAGAACAAAAGGUUAAAAGUUAGAAAUUUUUUUUCUUUGAGAAUAAAAAUGGAUCACAAGGAUACAAAAUGUGGCCCUUUGUAUUUUGAUCUUAAUACUGGUGCUAAGAUACCGUCUGUUGGUCUUGGAACAUGGAAAGCGGAACCGGGUGUCGUUGGUAAUGCCGUCAUCGCCGCCGUUAAGAAUGGUUAUAGGCACAUUGACUGUGCUCAAGUUUAUGGCAAUGAAAAAGAGGUAGGGGUGGCACUGAAGGAACUAUUUUCUACUGGGGUAGUGCAGCGUAAUGAGAUCUUCAUCACAUCUAAGCUAUGGUGUAGUGACCAAGCACCUGAAGAUGUUUCAAAGGCUUUGAGCAAGACUCUAGAAGAUCUGCAGCUUGACUACAUUGAUCUUUAUCUUAUACAUUGGCCAUUUCGGACAAAGCCCGGCUCUCAAGGUUUCUCCCCUGAAGUCACGGCUCCUUUGUGUCUCCCUGAGACAUGGAAUGCAAUGGAGGGCUUGUUUGCAUCCGGUCAGGCACGAGCAAUCGGGGUGAGCAACUUCUCGACUAAGAAGCUGCAAGACUUGUUGUCAUAUGCAAAAGUUCCACCUGCAGUCAAUCAAGUGGAGUGUCAUCCAGUUUGGCAGCAACCUUCCCUUCACAAUCUGUGCAAAUCCACUGGUGUUCAUCUCACGGGAUAUUCUCCUCUGGGAUCUCCAGGGACUUGGUUAAAAGGAGAGAUCAUGAAGGAACCAAUCUUGGUUGAAAUUGCUGAGAAGCUAAACAAGUCACCAGCACAAGUAGCUCUUCGUUGGGGUAUUCAGAGUGGACAUAGUGUCCUUCCAAAGAGUGUAAAUGAAUCUAGGAUCAAGGAAAACCUGAGUUUGUUUGAUUGGUGUAUUCCUCCAGAGCUCUUCUCGAAAAUUGCAGGAAUUCACCAGCAAAGGCUUCUUCGUGGAGAUUUUGCAGUCCACGAGUCUAGUCCUUAUAAGAGCAUUGAAGAACUUUGGGAUGGUGAAAUAUGAUAUGAACGGCAGUGUUCCUUUUCAGCUUAUUGUAAUUUCUGUUCCUUGGAAUAAGUUGUUAGGAAAAAUAAUGUAGAGCCAAAUUAUAGUAUAGGUUUCAUAUAUAGUUGGCAAAAUUUGUUUACAGAUAUCAUUAUUGAAACCCAAACUGUCAAGUCCCAGGCAAUCAUUCUCAUCACUUUCCUUGCCCUCUCAGUAGAGGAUUUAGCAAAAAGGAAGAUUAAAAAGUGAUGCUCCAUAAUUGAACCAGAGAUACAAAUAGAACUAUUAUGCAACACUCCAAAUUACUGGAAUUUAUUUUUCUUGUUGAUUCAUUCCCACUGGAUUGAAUAUGAUGGCCUUUCUAUGAAGUUUUUAUGUUUCCCCUUAGAUGAAUGUGAUGAAGCACAAAGUUCAACAAA